UUGAGAAAGUCAAAAGUUGCCGGGGCUGAACUGGGUGAACGUCCGACGUUUCCGGCGAACAAUUUUGGAUCGCUUGUUUGUUUGUUUGUGUGUGUGUGUGUGUGUGUGUGUGUGUGUUUUUUUAGACUCGGAACAUGUCAAAGCCUCCCCCCAAACCGGCAAAGCCAGGCCAGGUCAGGGUGUUCCGAGCUCUGUUCACCUUUGACCCCAGAACGCCAGAUGAGCUGUACUUUGAGGAAGGAGACAUCUUGUACAUCUCCGACACAAGCGACAGUAAUUGGUGGAAAGGGACAUGCAAAGGGAGGACUGGGCUAAUCCCAAGUAACUAUGUGGCUGAGCAGGCAGAGUCCAUUGACAACCCAAUGCAUGAGGCAGCCAAACGAGGCAAUAUGAGCUGGCUGAGGGAGUGUCUGGAGAAUAAAGUAGGAAUCAAUGGACUUGACAAAGCUGGAAACACUGCUCUCUACUGGGGAUGCCAUGGCGGACAUAAAGAUGUAGUGGAGCUGUUGCUGGGCCAUCCCAAUGUGGAGCUCAACCAGCAGAAUAAACUUGGUGACACUGCAUUGCAUGCCGCUGCCUGGAAAGGGUACUCUGACAUCGUAGAGAUGUUGCUGAACAAGAAUGCCAGGACAGACAUCAGGAACAAUGAAAAGAAGCUGGCUUUGGAGAUGGCCACCAAUGCCCAGUGUGCCUCACUCCUCAAGAGGAAACAGGGAAGCAACAUCACGCGCACACACAGCAAUGCCGAGGAGUACCUGGAUGAUGAGGAUUCAGACUGAGCUGCCCGUGUUGAAACAUCGUCACCAUCUUUUGCAGCAGAUCUAGGAUGGAAUACUCCUGCUGGUUCUGAUUCGGAUUCCAUUCUUUUGCCUCGGUUCUCCACCCUCUGCCCCAAAGGCAGCGUCAGUUUUAAAAAGGACUGAACAAGUUUGUUUUACAUUUUGCCAUCUUUGGCUGAGUGCAAUUUCCACAUGCAAGGAAUUUGGCUUGGAGCAUACAUUAUACACUGCGGGCAAAGGAGCAGAAUAGUGUGAUGUAAUGUGUCAGAAUUGAUGUGUGAGGAGCAGACGUUUGGAGAGAUGCAUUCCAACAUUAAAGCCUAUUUUUAGCCCAUUUACCCUGGGUAUUAAAUUAUCAAUGCUAAUUAAAGGUCAAUGAAAAGGAUUUUGUAUAUACCGAGACUGUUUGGAUGGGGGUAAAAAGUUGCACUUACAUAGGGGGGACUAAAAAGUGGUUAAUAGGGAUUUUUGACAUUCCACUCCUUGACAGUUGCAUCGACUCCUCUUUCCAAAUGCAGCUACAAGCCCUAUCUAGACACAGUCUUGCAACAUUUAUGUAUCCUGGGAUUUUAAUGUUCUGGUUAAUGCGACAGUAGGACAUGUGUAAAGAUUUAAGAACUAUUGGAAUGGGCUGUGUUUAGAAUAGUACUACAUUACUGUAUAUCUCCCUUUUGUUUUCUUCAUUUGGGAUGUGCUAAGUGAGCCAUUGGAUUAUUUUCCUGUUUUGUCUGCUUGCUCUGUAUCAUGAUGGUCAGUACAAUACAAAGCUAUAACAGUUAUCGGUUAUAGAGCCAUUAGAGAGACAUUGUUUUACAUGUCCUUAAAUCAUCUUUAAUGGCAGCCUUUUUUGUUGAUUUUGUGGACACACAUAGCUUCAUGAGACUUAAAACUUUACUGCGUGCAAUUAUGCCUGCAAAAUAAAAUUCUUAUGCAUUGGUAAUUAUAAAUUAUAAUGUUGUCUAAAUUAAAUUAAAUUUAAAUUUAAGAAAGCACCCUGCUCAAAACAUAGCCCAUUUGCCUUUCUUUCAUUUUCCAAGCUUUCCUGUCUGUCAUUGGGGGCUAAUUUCACAAUCCUGGGAGCUGGUUGUCUUUACUGGCGAGUGCUGCUUUCCAACAAAUGACAUGUCACAUCACUCAAAAGUGAGACGUGACAGUGCCUCAUAUUUUCUAUAUUUGUAUGAAUGUGGAAGUGUGUUGUGUUCAGAUCCUCGAGCUUUUUGUUUUUUUAAGAUGUUGAUUUUGUCCUAACUUUGGCUGCUUUCAUAUGUUUAAAACUACUAUGUAAUAAAAUUUACUAUAAAAUGUGA